GUUCUGAAGUUGGGAACUCUAAGCUCAAGACACCCUUGGUGCCACCUGUGAUGAAGGCCCAGCCUCUUCUUUGGGGUGUCCUGACAUCACACUCCUUCGUCCUCUGCCUCCUCUGCCACCACACCCCAGACUUCCUCCUUUCCACUGGUCCUUCCCUUUCCACUCAGCCUCUUUAGCUUCUCUCCCUUCUCCUCCUCCUGCCUCCCCGUUUUCUUCUCAGCGUCCCCUUCUCUCUCCCCUAGUACCAUCUCGUUCCUUCUUCUCUUCCGUUCUAUUCCUUGUCUCUUCUUGCUCUCCCUCUCUCGUCGGCAGCGGGAUCUCUCACGGAGCAGCAGCGGGCAAGAAACACAGAAGCAACCGCAGCGCGGUCCUGGAAGGGUUGUAAGGCAAUCUCCCUUAGGAAAGUCACAUCCAUCAUGGAAAAACGGGAGGCGUUCAUCCAAGCAGUGUCUAAAGAGUUGGUUGAAGAGCUUCUGCAGUUUCUUCAACUUGAUGAAGAUUCUUCUGAUCCUUUCAGUUUAAGUGAGUUACUAGAUGAAUUAUCAAGGAAACAGAAAGAAGAAUUAUGGCAAAGGCUGAAAGACUUACUAACAGAAACAUUGUUGGAAAGCCCUGUGGAUGAAUGGCAGACAGUCCAGGGUGCCGACGAUAUGGAAUCAGAGCACAGUCCAAAGAUGAAAAAGAGCAUACAAAUAACAUAUGCAGUUGUGACUGUAACUCUUGCUUCUGUAUCUGUAAUAAAUGAGCAUGAGAACUACGGAGCCCUCCUGGAAUGUGCUCUUAUAUUGAAUGGUAUUUUAUAUGCAUUGCCUGAAUCUGAACAGAAACUCCAGAACUCUAUUCGGGAUUUAUGUGUCAAAUGGUGGGAAAGGGGCCUCUCUGCCAAGGAGGACAUGGGAAAGACUGCAUUCGUCAUGCUGCUGAGGAGGAGCCUGGAGACCAAAACAGGUGCAGAUGUGUGUCGGCUGUGGCGCGUCCAUCAGGCUUUAUACUGCUUUGAUUAUGAUCUGGAGGAAAGUAGAGAAAUUAAAGAUAUGCUACUUGAGUGCUUCAUAAAUAUUAACUACAUCAAGAAGGAAGAGGGAAGAAGAUUUCUUAGUUUUCUCUUUAGUUGGAAUGUAGACUUUAUUAAAAUGAUCCAUGAGACCAUUAAAAAUCAGUUAUCUGGUUUACAAAAGUCUUUGAUGGUACACAUUGCAGAAAUUUAUUUCAGAGCUUGGAAAAAGGCUUCGGGGAAAAUGUUGGAGACCAUUGAGAAUGACUGCAUCCAGGACCUGAUGUUCCAUGGGAUCCACCUUCCCAAGAGGUCUCCAGUGCACUCCAAAGUCCGAGAGGUGCUGAGUUACUUUCACCAACAGAAAGUUCGUCAGGGAGUGGAAGAGAUGCUGUAUAGGCUGUAUAAGCCCAUCCUGUGGAGGGGACUAAAGGCCAGAAAUUCUGAAGUUCGAUCAAAUGCUGCAUUGUUGUUUGUUGAAGCAUUUCCUAUUAGAGAUCCAAACCUCAUUGCCACUGAAAUGGACAGUGAAAUUCAGAAGCAGUUUGAAGAACUAUAUAGUCUUUUAGAAGAUCCUUACCCACGAGUCCGUUCCACAGGCAUCCUUGGCGUUUGUAAGAUAACUUCUAAAUAUUGGGAAAUGAUUCCCCCCGCCAUUCUUGUUGACUUCUUGAAGAAAGUCACAGGGGAGCUGGCAUUUGAUAUAAGCUCAGCCGAUGUUCGGUGUUCUGUUUUUAAGUGUUUGCCAAUUAUUUUGGAUAACAAACUGAGCCACCCAUUAUUAGAACAGCUUUUGCCACCACUCAGGUAUAGUCUGCAUGAUAACUCAGAGAAAGUGCGGGUGGCUUUUGUGGAUUUGCUGCUGAAGAUCAAGGCUGUUAGAGCUGCAAAGUUUUGGAAAAUAUGCCCAAUGGAGGACAUUUUGGUUCGCCUGGAAAUGGAUUCUCGGCCUGUGUCUCGGCGCCUGGUGAGCCUCAUCUUCAACUCCUUUCUGCCCGUGAACCAGCCAGAGGAGGUGUGGUGUGAGCGCUGUGUCACGCUGAUCCAGAUGAAUCGCGCAGCUGCCAGGAGGUUCUAUCAGUAUGCCCAUGAGCAUACCGCCAGCACCAACAUAGCAAAGCUCAUCCAUGUCAUCCGUCACUGCUUGAAUGCCUGUAUCCAGAGGACGCUGAGAGAGGGCCCAGAGGCCCAUAAGGAGUGCGAGAAGGAGAACACCAGUGUAUUAGACAAAACAUUGUCAGUGAAUGACACUGCGUCCAUGGCAGGCUUACUAGAAAUCAUUGUGAUCCUCUGGAAGAACAUCCAUAGAAAUCUGGAAAAUAAUAAAGAGGCCAAAGUUUAUACUGUUAACAAGUUUGCAUCUGUGCUUCCAGAGUACCUGAAGAUAUUCAAGGAUGAGCGCUGCAAGAUCCCCUUGUUCAUACUAAUGUCCUUCUUGCCAGCCUCUGCUGUCCCUGUGUUCAGCUGUGGUGUGAUUUCUGUUCUGAGAAAUCAGGAAGAGAGUGUUACAGGCAGGACCUACUGUACCUUGCUCGAUUGCCUCUGUUCCUGGGGGCAUGUGGAGCAUGUCCUGGAGCUCAUUGUGGACUGGCUGCCUACGGUGCCACCUCAAGCCAAGAGUAAUUCGGCCUCUAAACGUAAAGUGCAAAUCAAUGACACAUGCUCAGUGAAACCGGAGUUAGCGUUGUUGUACAUGGAAUAUUUGCUGACCCAUCCAAAGAAUCGAGAGUGUCUCCUCUCUGCACCCCAGAAGAAACUGAAUCAGCUUUUAAAAGCACUUGAGGGAUCCAAGGCAGAUCUGGAAUCAUUUCUUCAGUCUCCAAGUGGGAAUCCCUCCAACUUCAACAAAGCAACUGCCCUGCAUGCCUUUGGUCUGUACUGUAGGAUGAGCGUCCAUCUUCAGUACAAGUUCUGCUCAAAAGAGAAAAUUCAUCUGUCCAUCUUGAGUGAGACUGGGUCUUGGUUAGAAAACAAAGUUUUGCCUCUUCUUGAAGACCAAGAAGAGGAGUAUCUGCAGCUUCGGAGGGAUGUUUAUCAACAGUUAAUCCAGACUUACCUGGCUGUGUGUAAAGAUGUUGUCAUGGUGGGACUUGGAGAUCCUCAAUUUCAGAUGCAACUUUUACAGCGGAGUUUUGGAAUAAUGAAAACAGUGAAGGGAUUUUUUUAUAUUUCGUUACUUCUUGGCAUUCUGAAGGAGAUAGCUGGGAACACCAUGAUUCACGGGACAGAUUCAGAUAAAAAAGUCACAUUACUGUUUGACUUAGUUCAGAAUGUGUUUCAGAAGAUGUUGGAAUGUGUUGCCUGUAUCUUUAGGAAGAAGCCUGAAGAAAGCCCGCAGCUCUUUCAUUCUGUUCAGACCCCUCUUCAUGAAUUCAUCGCCACUAUCCAGUCCUGGCACAGGGACACUGCAGUGCACCAUGCUGUGCUUUCUACUCUGAUUGCUGCACCUGUGGUUGAGAUAUGUCACCAGCUGCAGAAGGUUUCUGAUAUAGAAGAGCUGACCUCACCACAGUGUCUUGCCGACCUUCCUCCAUUUUCAAGGUGUUUAAUGGGAGUAAUAAUGAAGUCUUCGGAUGUGGUCAGGUCAUUUUUGGAUGAACUAAAGGCAUGUGUAACUUCUGGUGAUAUUGAAGGCAUUGUGUGCCUCACAGCUGUUCUGCAUAUUAUUUUGGUUAUUAACAAAGAUAAACAUGUAAGUGCAAAAGUGAAGGACGUUGCAGCAUCUGUGAACAGAAAGCUGAAGACCUUUAUGGAGAUCACUUUGGAAGAGGAUAACCUCGAGAGAUUCCUGUAUGAGUCAUCAAUGAGAACUUUGGGAGAAUUUCUGAAUUCAUGACAAAACUACCGUCUCUGGGUGUGUAGAAAUAGAGAAAAAGCCUCAUGAAAGUGAAAUGUGUGAAUAUCUUCCUUGCUUUUUUUUCCGUCUGACUAAGCCUGGAGUCCUGAGUCUGUAAGAUCACAGCCAGGUCUGUCAGAACCCAAAGAGGGAGACCAGUACAGCACUGUGCUCCACCAUACACACUGUGCCUUUAACCAGCUUGCAGAAAUGGAGAGUGGUGAAAAAUCAUGUGAGAGAAAGAAUGGCAAGCAACUCACCACUCUUCUCCAGAAGAGUUGGCAAAACUUAUGGGAACUGCGGCAUGGGCAGCUCUUAGGUUCCUUGGCCUAGGACUUAUCCAUUAUUUAUUAUUUGUUGUGAAAUUCUCCUGGAACAGAUUUCCCCAUGCAACAGCAGGGCUAUCAUUAGCCCACACAGAACCUUUCUUCAAAUGACGAAACGAAUCACUUCAUCAAAAUAUUUUACUGCUCUCUGUUGAACAGUUGUAAUAAAUACACUGAUAUGAAGUAUCUGCUCACUCCAUUGCACUUGGACUCAGCUCAACUCUUACAUCUGAGCUGUAACUUUUACAUUUUAGCCUUACUCUAAAGGUAGUAGCCUCCUUCUACAAAAGGCAUUCUCAGUUCAGAGAAGACUCCUCGUUUGAAUGUUGCUGUGUACCAUGCACAGUCAAGGACAGAGCAGGCGUUAAGAAAAACCAAACCAAAACAAAAACCCAAAAGCCAACAAAAGUGGAAGUGACUUGAGGAAGGCCUGGGCCAGGAGUGAGUUGCCACCUAGAAAUGAUUGUUGAAGUGAAGUGUUACUCAGUGGAUUCACAUGCUCAGUUGCCUCUGUUUUCCCUCUGUAGUCAAUGGCAGAGGCACAGGUCUUUUCCUGUACUGAUUAUUGAAGAGUAGGCAGGGAACUCAAGAGUUAAAGGAUUGCCCUCGUCCUGUAUAAAUGAUGGGUUAAUGAUAUGAGAGUAAAAGGAUCUUGUUUAAAAGUGACAUAAUAUGCAACCAUGCAUAGGCAAUGACAAGUUCAUGUCCUUCAUUUAAAAAUGCUAGGAGGAGUCAUGGCACCAGCACCGUGGUAGAAGAAUCUUCUGGGCCACAGGGCAGUACUAGGCUUCUAUAUCCUAUGUUACCCCCACAGCACCCUUUCCCCAGCAAAGAUUGUGUCAAGUAGGUUUGAGUGGCCUGAACUCAGGGUAGAGAGCUCAGGGAUGACUGACUACAUUGGUAAUCAGCAGGUGGGACAAAGGCUGAAGAUUUGACAUCACACAGGAUUAGACAGUUGUAGAAGUUGAACCAGUUUGUCUUACAGACAGCUAUAAUGACAAAUGCAACAGGGCUAUGAGGGAAGUUAGCAAACUAACAGAACAUUGCCUUUAAUGAUGUAGCUAUAGAUGUAACAUGCUGCUGGGCAGAUCACUAGCAUAGUGAGAAGAAUUUACAUCAUGACAUAGCAUGCCUUGCAACUUACUGAAGACUCGGAAUAGGAACUAAACUGUUAGUUGCAUUUUUGACAGCAUGACCAGAUCAACAGUAAGGGAGAGAGUCUCUAGGAAGUUGGCUUUGAGAUUAUUGAGACGAGAAGAACUGCUACCACAAGAACACCGAGCCUUCAGUGCUGAUGAGCUUUGGAGAAGACUCCACGUCUCUUCCGGAUGGAGUGCACAUACACAGAAGACCUGGCAGUGGAACAGAUUGCAAGCUGUUUGCUUUUUUUUUUUUGGACUUGUUUGUGGCCAAGUAAACAAGAAGGCAUUGAUAUCCUCCAACUCUUAGGACUUUUAAAAAUAAUUGUGAUUGGGUUGCUUUAGCUCUCUUAUUUUUAUGAGGUGGUUGUAUUUAAAAAGAAGGAAGAUGUAGUAAGAUGUCUGGUUCCUGAAAGUUAGGUAUCAGAUGAUUUCAAAAUUAUAGCUAAAUUUUUUAAAUGCUUUGCUUUUACAUUGAUGGGUGAGGCCUACAAUAUUGUUCAUUUUAAUAGACAAAAAGGAACAUCAGCAAUAUCUUGUUGUAGUCUGAAGUUUCAAAAACUGUUGAAUGCUAAUCCCCAGACAUUGCCUUUACCUUCAGUCUGAACACUCUUAUGAAUUGGCCAUUGUUACCCUUGUUAGAAGUACUAAGAUUAGGUUUUAAAAACAAUUUUUCCUGUGUACUUGCUUAUGGAUGGCACAGUUUGGAUAGGUAGUGUUGUUAUACCUUGGUCAAAAUAUUUCAGCUAAAUAUUAAGAAUGGAUUAGAAUCAUUAGGCUUAUUUUUCUUGCUAUUAAUAUUGUUACUAGAGAUAUUACAUAAAGAUUGGGCUGGUAAGGUUAACUUUUAAAAAUAUCCCUGCUAAAGACAAGACCUGACCUGAGAAGUUAGUUAUUUCUUUUCUUUUUUUUUUCAGUACAUCAAAUACAAUGUGUGAUAUAGGUAUUUUCUUUUGGGCAUUAAAACAAACAAAAACAAACAAACAAAAAAAAAAAAAACCUAAAGACCAAAAAAAAAAAAAAAACCCCAAACAAACAAGUAAAAACAACAACAGCAAUGAAACAAAUGUAAAAAUGUAGAACUCGCAGCAUAUUGUGUUUAGUGUCAACUAAUACAAGUUAUUAAGCUUGUGACUACAAAGCAUUUGAUAAUAUAUAUAUGAAAAUCUCUAGACACUUGUGUUUUUGAACCACAACCUAGCUUAAUGCUGUUGCUUACCUGUUGGAGAACAUCCAAAUUUUAUUACAUUCUGAGCCUUUAUGCCCAAGAUUUAGAAUGAAUGGAAUUAUUCAACAUUCCCUCUAUUUUUGGAAAGAUAGAAGUAUAAGUUUUAAUGCAGAUAUCACUGUGACCUCCUACUGACAGGUCUGGUUUAUGCAUCAUUUUCAGGCACUUAGGGAGGAGCUCACAGGUUGAUACCUUUGUAAUGAGAGACAUGGGAAAUGCGCUUGCCUUUCUAUGUUAAAUAUCCUAGCACCAAUACUUAACAUAUUUAGAUUGUCAGAGUAAUUGAUUGCUCCAGAAAUGUUUGCAUUAGACUUUAAAGCAGUACAGAAGGUAUAUUUUCUUCUCUCACUGGACUUUUAAGGGAAAUUUGAUUCUUCAUUUUAUAUAAAAGUGUAUAAAAUUUUUGUCGAUAAAAGUAUUUCAUAAGUUUUGUAAAUACUUUAUAACAUUAUGUUUUUAUUUGAAAAUGUAAAGUACAAAAUAAAGUGGACUUCAGCAAUCCUAA